AUGCGUUUCCCUCUCCUCCUGACCACAGCUGCUGUAGCUACGACAACAGUCCUCGCUGCAGGAAACGACACCUCUGAUGCUGUUGAUGUCACGAAUGGUGCCACGGCCGAAGCCGAGAACGGUGUCCUCAAUGGAGUCACGGUCGGGACAUCCACCGCCGGAUUUUCGGGCACCGGUUAUGUCGAAGGCUUUGAUGCUGACGCCGAUUCCCUCACGAUCACUCUUUACAGCAAGACGCAGGCCCUGUACGAUCUGGUCCUCAUAUAUGCUGCUCUCAACGGCGGAAAGCAGACCAAGAUGGCGCUGAAUGGUGCUGGCGGCGCCCAGAUCAUUCUUGCGCCUACGACGGCAGAGAGUCCGUGGGCGAAUGCUUCGGCGGGCCAGGUGCUGUUGAAUGCUGGGAACAACCAAAUUACGUUCAUCAAUGACUGGGGAUGGUACUCCAUCGACUCCUUAUCUGUAACUCCCGCUCCCCCGCCUGAGCCGCACGCGGUCACCAACAAGUUGGUCGUUCCAGACGUCCUCCCGGUCACGCAAGCUCUGUACACCAAACUCCUCUCGAAAUACGGGACUGGAGAAAUCUUUUCCGGCCAGGCAGAACUCAGUGGAAUCGACUGGGUCGAGAAGAACGUGGGAAAAACCCCCGCCAUUCUCGGUCUGGAUUUCAUGGACUACAGUCCGUCGCGGGUGGCCUUCAACGCCAGUGGCAAAUCGGUCGAAGAGGGUAUCUCCUGGGAUGCCCGGGGGGGGAUACUUACCUACCAAUGGCAUUGGAACGCUCCCUCGCAGGUAAUCAACAACGACACGGUCCCGUGGUACAAGGGCUUCUACACCUACGGCACCACAUUCAACCUCAGCCAGGCCCUCGCCGACCCCAGCUCCACCGAGUACGGGCUCCUCAUCUCCGACAUGGACGCCAUCGCCAAGGAGCUCCUCCGACUCCAGGAGGCCAACAUCCCCAUCCUCUGGCGGCCCCUCCACGAGGCCGAUGGCACCUGGUUCUGGUGGGGCGCCCACGGGCCCGAGAGCUGCAAGACCCUCUACCGCAUGAUGUUCGAUCGCUACACCAACGUGCACAAGCUGCGCAACCUGAUCUGGGUCUGGAACUCCGUCACGCCGUCCUGGUACCCAGGCGACGACGUCGUCGACAUCCUCGGCUACGACUCGUACCCGCCCAUCGGCGACCACGGGCCCGUCAGCCCGCAGUACCAGCAGCUGAUCGCCCUCGGCCAGAACAAGAAGAUGGUCACGCUGCCCGAGGUCGGCAACAUCCCCGACCCGGAUAUCCUCAAGGCGUACCGCGUCAACUGGAGCUACUUCGUCGUCUGGAACGGCGAGUUCAUCGAGACGGAGACGUACAACCCGCUGGAGCUCAAGAAGAGGGUGUAUGAGGAUCCGACGGUGCUGAAGCUGGCGGACCUGGGAGAUUGGAAGUCGGGGCAAUGA